AUGUCCAUGUCGGCCAAUUCCACACCCUACUUGGGCGACGAGUCUCCCAGCGACUCUGCCGGUCUCCUGCACGCCGCCCACCACGCCGUACGCCUGCCCAACGUAGUCUCGACCGCGAUACUUCCUGCAGCGUUUGUACUCUCUACACUGGUGCUAUGGCGAUUAUGGCGGUUUACCGUGUUGCCUUGGCUAUAUCCAGACCUCCCCAAAGAGUUCCCAUACUGGAUACCAGUCUUGGGUCAUGCCCGUGCAUUUUUCCAGGACUCAAACGGCCUACUCGUCAGAGCCAGGUCAUACUUUGGUACCUCCCGGGAGCUGUCCGCUCUGAUGGUGUUUGGAAAGACUUUCUACGUCGUCACCCAAGUCAAGCAGUCGGACGAAGUGUACCGAAACACCGAGGCUGUUUCCUUUGACGACUUUGUGCAGGGCCUCAUGAGAAACAAUGGCAACGACGGAGAGGCCAUCAAGGCUGUGUUCAUGGCCCUGCCCGUCGAUAAAGCCGGCUUCCCCAACCCACGGGGCGAGUCCAUCGGUCGCUUGGCCUCUGUUAUGCACGCGCAUCAACUACACCCAGGCGCCAAUCUGGCUGUUCUGCAGGCAAACGUGCAGAAAUGGCUGAAUUGCCAUGUGCACCCCAAAGAAAUCUGCGCGAAGCCCACGGCCACUUCGUCAGGCCGCGAGAGUGUCGAAGUGCCGCUCUAUCAGUGGUGUUCGAAAUACGUUAUCCAGCUCGGCCAGGACAUCUACUUCGGAGAGAUGUUGGCGAGGAUCGAUCCCACACUUCCAUCGGUAUUUUUGCUGUUCGAUGAACUCAUCUGGAAGAUGCUCUACCAAUACCCGGGCUUUCUGUCUUCGGACAUGUCCGUUCCUAGGGCUCGGGUCAUCGCCUCGCUCGAUAAAUACCUGCAGGCCUCUCGCAGCAUCAACACGAACACCCGCAAAACAGCCUUCUGGGUCCUGACAUAUCUCCUCCACAACCCCGAGCUGCUAGCCGCCUACCGUAGGGAAACCGCGCCGGCAUUUCGCGGACCCGACCUUGCCGACCCGUCCGUGAUCCAAGACGCAGCCAGGUGUCCCGAGGUCGAUGCCGUCUGGCACGAGACGCUGCGCAUGUCGGGCUGGUCAGCGUCGGUCCGGUUCGUCACACGAGAUACCGUCAUUGGCGGGAAGCGCAUGCGCAAGGGCAGCCGUAUCCUUGUGCCGCAUCGACUGCUGCAUUUCGACGAGGGCAUAUUCGGCGACGCCACGCACCAGUUCCGCACCGAGCGCUGGCGAAACAACAAGAACCUGCCUCGUAGUCCCUCGUUCCGGCCGUUUGGCGGCGGCAAGACCAUGUGUAGCGGACGGUUCAUUGCCCGCUUCUCCGUGACGAUCUUUGUAGCCACGCUUCUGUGA